ACUCCUUGUGACUGAGGUGGUUCUCUCCUGGAGUUUUACUGAGGCUCCAUUACUGUGAACAUCAACAUGAUCAUUUCUCCUGCUGUCUGUGCAGCUGAUCUUUUGUGUUUUUCUCAGUCUACAAGGUGGAGGUGGAUUCAGGAGUGGAGUCUGUUCUGCUGCCCUUUAAAACUACAGUCAGUCUGACUGGAGGUGUCACAGUAACGUGGAGAAACAACAGUGGCAGGAUGGUCCACAGUAAUCGCUCUGAAGACGAUCAACAACACUGGCAGUAUGAAGACAGAACAGAGAUGAAGUCUGGAGACUUCAGUCUGACCCUGAAGAACCCCACAGUCAGAGACUCAGGAACCUACAGCUGCACCGUCUAUGAUGACAAGUCAGGAACAAUCCUGGCUAAGAAACAAGUGCUGCUCAAGGUCAAAGUCUACAAGGUGGAGGUGGAUUCAGGAGUGGAGUCUGUUCUGCUGCCCUUUAAGACUACAGUCAGUCUGACUGGAGAAGUCACAGUAACAUGGAGAAACAACAGUGGCAGGAUGGUCCACAGUAAUCGCUCUGAAGACGAUCAACAACACUGGCAGUAUGAAGACAGAACAGAGAUGAAGUCUGGAGACUUCAGUCUGACCCUGAAGAACCCCACAGUCAGAGACUCAGGAACCUACAGCUGCACCAUCUGCAGCAGACAGUCAGGAACAAUCCUGGCUAAGAAACAAGUGCUGCUCAAUGUUGAAGUCUACAAGGUGGAGGUGGAUUCAGGAGUGGAGUCUGUUCUGCUGCCCUUUAAGACUACAGUCAGUCUGACUGAAGAAGUCACAGUAACGUGGAGAAACAACAGUGGCAGGAUGGUCCACAGUAAUCGCUCUGAAGACAGUCAACAACACUGGCAGUAUGAAGGCAGAACAGAGAUGAAGUCUGGAGACUUCAGUCUGACCCUGAAGAAACCCACAGACAGAGACUCAGGAACCUACAGCUGCACCGUCUGCAGGAGACAGUCAGGAACAACCCUGGCUAAGAAACAAGUGCUGCUCAAUGUUGAAGGUUAGUAUUAUAAAUAUAGGUCACAUUUUAUUCAUGAUAAUAUCUUUAACAAUAGGUGAAUUGUUCA